AUGGCCUUAAAAAGACAAUGGCUCAACUGUAUCUUUGUUGGCCUAUAUUUUCUCUUCCCGACAUCGCUUUCGCAGUAUCCUCCACCUUUAAAUGAGUCUCUGACAACUAUCCAUUCCCCAAUCAAUCCGAACAUUACCAUUAAAUUCAAAGCCCCAUCUGUGGGGACAUGCACGACGGUAUUUGCUACCCAGAAGCAGGUUACUGGGUACAUUACUCUGCCCCCAAAUGUACUGGAUCCUAGCCCUGGAAAUUACACCAUCAACACUUUUUUCUGGUUCAUCGAAGCAAGGCAGGUCCCAGAAGCAGCUCCAUUGACUAUCUAUAUCAAUGGCGGCCCUGGUUCAAGCAGCAUGGUUGGCCUUUUCCAGGAGGUUGGCCCUUGUCGAGUUGUUGAGAUUGCAGAAGGACAACUAGGUACCGUAGCCCGGGAUUGGGGUUGGGAUCGAAGCAGCAAUAUUCUCUUCAUCGAUCAGCCUGUGCAGGUUGGCUUCUCUUUUGACACUCUGACAAACCUAUCUCUAAAUCUACUGGAUGAGGUAUUUGUCAAUCCUCCUGCACCCGUACCCUUGACACAACCAGGAUAUACGUUUCUUAACGGCACCUUUGGCUCUGGAAGUCCGUCGUCCACAGCAAACACUUCACAAAUUGCCGCUCAGUCUCUGUGGUAUUUCCUUCAGACAUUUUUGACCUCGUUCCCAGAGUAUAAUACAGGCGUCCGCUCGAAGAAGAAUACAUCCAGCGCAGAGAUCCAUUUGUUCACAGAGUCAUUUGGUGGCAGGUAUGGGCCUGCUUUUGGACACUUUAUCCGGGCGCAGAAUACUCGCAGAUCGACGGAUGCUGAAUUUGCGAACAGCACAACCGAUAUCAACCUUGUUUCUCUGGGCAUCAUCAAUGGUUGGAUUGAUUUGCUUGUUCAGACCCCGUUUCACCCCAAGUAUGCUUACGAGAAUACAUACGGCAUUGAGGCGAUAAACCAACUAGAAGAACUUAACGCUUUGAGUGCCUACAACAGUGCAAAUGGAUGCCAGCAACGCACUUUAGCGUGCAGAGCUCAAGAAGCCGCGCUUGAUCCUUCGAAUCAAGGGAACGUUGUUUCGGUCAAUCAGGCGUGUUCAGAGGCACAACUGUACUGUCAGACCUACGUCGUAGGCGCAUAUAUCUCUUCAAACAGAUCAGUCUACGAUAUCUCCCAAAAUAGGCUGGACCCAUUCCCGGACUCGUUCUACCUUGAGUAUCUCAACCAACUGUCCUUCCAACAGGCUAUCAAUGUCCCGGUCAACUAUACCCAGGACUCGCUCGCCGUAUUCUCGGCAUUCGCUUCUACAGGAGAUUAUGCGCGCGAUGGCAUCGUGCAGGAUCUGGUCAGUCUGCUUGGAUCUGGCGUCAGAGUUGCUUUGAUGUACGGCGACAGAGACUACAUUUGCAACUGGCUUGGUGGUGAGGCUGCCUCCUUUGCUAUCGCCGGCGCUGCUGGAUCAUCUUACCUGCCCUGGUUCGCAGCUGGCUAUGCCCCUAUUGUCACGAACAGCUCUUAUGUCGGCGGUGUAGUCCGACAGUAUGGUAACCUGAGCUUCAGCCGAAUUUACGACGCUGGACACUUGGUGCCAGCCUAUCAACCCGAGACAGCCUUUACCGUCUUUUCAAGAAUUAUUAAUGGCGAUGAUAUCAGUACGGGCAACCCAGCUAAUCUGUCAAAAUAUCGCUCGAUGGGAGACCGCAACGCGACUUUUCAGAAUUCACCACCACCUAUGGCCGCUCCGACAUGCUUCAGACGCGCCGUCAAUGAAACAUGUGAUACUGAUCAGAAAAAUAUGCUGGCCAACGGAGCAGGUGUGCUCAUUAACGGCGUUCUCUAUGACCAAAAAUCAGAUUGGCAAUCACCAGCCCCUGAUGUAGCCAGUAUAGCUGGAGCCCCGGGAACCGCCCGAAUCAGCAUGGCCACGGGUGCGCCGUCUUCCAGUUCCUCCUCUAAGUCCACGUCGUCCAAAGCAUCUGUGUCGACUUUUAGUGCUUCUCAGACGUCAAAAGGAAAAACAACUACUACUCUGCCGACAGGAGUGUACACUGCUACUGAUAUCCCACCAACGUCCAGCGCGGCAAAAAGCAGUGCCACCGCAUCCAGCGCUGCAUCGACGCGCAUGCGGAGGGCUGCGGCUACCGGGUUCUCAUUCCUGAGCACGCAUCCAUUAGGAACAGCUCUAGUUUAUGUUUCAGUACUUUGUGUCUUCAGCGAUGGGAUUUUACAUUGA